CGGACGAGCGCCUCUGAGGAGGCUUGUCCCAGCUCACUCGCCGUACCGCGCGGCCCCGCGGAGGGCAGGGCGCGCGGCCGACAUGGGCGAGACCAUGUCCCGGAGGCUCAAGUUGCAGCUGGGUGGGGACGCAGAUAUGGAAGAUCGGGCGUUCCCCAACCCUUUCCCGGACUACGAGGCCGCCGCCGAGAGGCAGGCCGAAGAACCGCCAUGUUCUCGCACCCCGCUCUCCCCCGAGGAGCUCGGCCUCCCUUUCCACAGCGAUGGGAAGAUUAUUAAUAACUUCACAAGACGGAUCCAGACCAAAAUUAAAGAUCUUCUACAGCAAAUGGAAGAAGGGCUGAAGACAGCCGAUCCACAUGAUUGCUCUGCUUAUACUGGUUGGACAGGCAUAGCCCUUCUGUACCUGCAGUUAUACCGGGUUACAUGUGACCAGUCCUAUUUGCUUCGAUCCCUGGAUUACGUAAAGAGAACACUUCGGAAUCUGAGUGGCCGAAGGGUCACUUUCCUCUGUGGAGAUGCUGGGCCCCUGGCCGUCGGAGCUGUUGUGUAUCAUAAACUCAAAAGUGACUGUGAGUCCCAGGAAUGCAUCACAAAACUUUUGCAACUCCAGAGAACCAUCGUCUGUCGAGAUUCAGACCUUCCUGAUGAGCUGCUUUAUGGACGGGCAGGUUAUCUGUACGCCUUACUCUACGUGAACACGGAGAUAGGUCCAGGCGCUGUGUGUGAGUCAGCUAUCAAAGAGGUGGUCAGUGCCAUCAUUGAAUCUGGCAAAGCUUUGUCCAGGGAGGAGAAGAAGGUGGAGCGCUGUCCUCUGUUGUAUCAGUGGCACAAGAAGCAGUAUGUCGGAGCAGCCCAUGGAAUGGCCGGGAUCUACUACAUGUUAAUGCAGCCAGCAGCGAAAGUGGACCAGGAAACCUUGACAGAAAUGGUGAAGCCUAGUAUCGACUAUAUGCGCCAUAAGAGGUUCCGGUCUGGGAAUUACCCGUCCUCACUGAGCAACGAGACGGACCGCCUGGUGCACUGGUGCCACGGGGCGCCCGGCGUCAUCCACACGCUCAUGCAGGCGCACAAGGUUUUUAAGGAGGAGAAGUACCUGAAGGACGCAGUGGAGUGCAGCGACGUGAUCUGGCAGCGAGGCCUGCUGCGGAAGGGCUAUGGGAUCUGCCACGGGACCGCUGGGAACGGCUACUCCUUCCUUUCGCUUUACCACAUCACGCAGGAUAAAAAGUACCUCUACCGAGCUUGCAAGUUUGCCGAGUGGUGUCUAGAUUAUGGAGCACAUGGCUGCCGAAUUCCUGACAGACCCUAUUCUCUCUUUGAAGGCAUGGCUGGCACUGUUCACUUCCUCUCCGACAUCCUGGCCCCAGAGGCAUCACGGUUUCCAGCAUUUGAACUCAGCUCUUCAUAGAGGGAUACAAAGGUUCAAAAAGACUACUAAGAGACCUGACUGGACCAGAAGCCACCAGAUUGCUUAACCCCUGACACAGAACCAACUGGGAAUCCUGAAAGCGGGAGAAGCAGCGGCAGCAGGCCUUGUGCUAGACGCCCGUGUCGGAGUGUGAUGACCGGCCGCCCCAGCAGCAUUGUGCGACCGCGCCCCUCGCUGGCGCACAGUGUGAACCCUCCACGUCCAGUUCUCCGUCGUGUGUGCAUGUCUCUUGGUGUUUGCUGUCUGUAGGUGUAGGUUGUUGUAAACAGAAGCCCUUCCCUGUCCAUGAGCCCGAGCUGGCUGUGCAUGAGGGCGCACGGCACCCACCUCUCUGUACAUACUGUUUCAACUGAGGCGUUUUCUGUCUUGACAAACAAGGAAAUAGGCAGGUGGUGUCUCUUACGUAACAAAAUUCUCCACAGUGAUGUCCCGGUGGUCAGACUUUGCAGCAUUUUCUGUGUGCGCCUUGCAGAUGAGCGUGAGAGGAAAGACCACUCCAAAAUGAAAACAGUGAAACAGGGUUGCUGAAGUAGGGGGUGGAGAGCCUGUCCACCAGAGUCGAAUGUCCCCUCUUUGUGUGCGGUGCCCUCAGUGUUUAUAAGAAGCCAGAGGGGGCGCAUUCCAGCACUGUCCCCUGCUGGGGCUCCCUUUCUCAGGCUUGCUGUGUGAAGUUCUAGCCCCUCCUCACAGCCCACGGCAGCCUGUGCGCUGAGGAGCAGACCCGUGACACCAGGGCCAUUCGGGGGAGCCUUUUCAUGGCCACACUGUAAAUCAAGUAGCAGUGACUGAGGGCUGCAAGCCUCGGUUCAGUGUAUGUUAUUAAAGCAGACUGCACCGCAGUUUUAUCAGCAUUAUGACGUAGUGCUGUAAGUUCAGUGGAUAUAGUUCCAGAUACAUUAUUCCCAUGUCCCUCCACUUAAACUUUUUUCACAACUUGGUAAGUUAUCAAAGUACAAAUUUGGGAUGCAUAUAGUCCUUCUUUUUGUCUGUUAUUCAGGUGAUAGAAAUCUCACAUUUGAUGAAAUGUAUUAAGCAUAAAGUACUAGUCUGUAUCUAUGCAUAUGGGGAACAGUUCUAACCAAGAAAAUUACACUGUCUGUCUGAUGUUUUUUGUUUUAAAACUGGGCAUUAACUUGGAUUAGCAUACCCUCAAUAAUUUUACCAUGUAGAUCUGUCUUUAGAAGAGCUUUGUUGUCAUGGUAUGAAUGGUCUGAGACUUUCUACAGACUUCUCACUUAUGGGCUAAGGCCUGAUCAUAGAAGACAAGGUAGAUCUCUGAUGAUCUAGUCCUUGUCUACAAGGGGUUGUCAAAUGUUUAUCAGCCCUGGUUUCCACUCCUUUCAUAAAGGAGGAAGAAGAAUGUCCAAGUAGAAGACAGGUUCCUUUGCACAUGUGCAGUUCUCGGGAUGCCAAGCCUUGUUUUGGGGGUAACACCCUAACAUGUGCCCUUUGUUUUCUAAAUGAUGCCUCAUGCAUCUCUUCAUUUUCUGACACUCACUUCUGUGUCAUAACUGUUUUUUUAAGUUAGUUUGAUGACUUCCAUAGGUACAAAUCCUCAUGAAUGUAUAUUCUAACUGCUUCCUGGGUCUUCUCAUGUGCUUCCCAGGCAGCCCAGUUCCCCAGGACCCACAGGUGGGACUGGAGUGGGUUGGGCUAUUGUCAGAAAAGCUUAUUUGAUGUCAGCCCACAUACACCAUUCCCACCUCAGCCAGACCUCAGUGGCAGCCCUCCAGGCCUCGGCAUGGAGUUAUAUCCAGGCUGGCUCAUUUCCCAGGGGAGGCCAGAGCAGCUGCACGGGAAUCACCCCACUCGGCAAGAGGGAGCAGCUCGUGGAAACCCUGGUUCUGGCCACGUCUCCUGACCAGAAGCAGUGAGGGUGACCCUUGUUACCUGGGCAUCUUGCCUUGUGUGUUCAGCUUGCUUCUGCCUAACACACUGAGGGAAGAGAGAGCACUUGUAAGGUGAAUGGAGGAUCUGUUAUUUACAGGGCUUGUUUAGAAGCCUGCUUACCUGCUGGAUGUGUUAACACAGCUCAGUCUGUGACUCCUGCUGGUGACACAGGCUCCAGUUCCCAGUUCCCCGAAGAAAAAGGACACCCACAGCUGAUGGAGUGGUUCUGAUAGUGUGUGAAUUUGGAUUUCAGAGCAUUUCAGUGAUUCCUCAGAUUUGUUUGUUUUCUCCAAAAUGUGUCUAAGCUUUUAAAACAAUGUGUAUGCACAAUUCCAUUUUAAAAUUUGAAAGAGAAAAAGUUGAUGUCCACAAAGUGUGUGGGGUGCUCUAGUUCAGUUCUUAGUAAACACGGUUCUGUUGUGACA